AUGGACCGGCAGCCGCCCACCGCCUUGCUCUCGCCGCAGGAGUGGGAGCAGCUCCUCGACGAUUUCGCUUCCUCCUCGAACCCCUCUCGCCGCGACCGAUGGCUCCACCUCCCGCUCCUCGACCUCGCUGUCUCCUCGCUGCUCCGCCGCGACCUCCCCUCCCACCUCAAGCCCCUCCUCCUCUCCCUAGUAGACGACCACCUGCCCCCGCCCUUACCGAGCAGCCUCCCCGCGCUCCUCGCCUCCCUCCUCUCCUUCCCGCCGGACCACCCGCUCCGCGACCACCUGCUCGUCACCGUCGUCUCCGCCUUCGCCUCCGCCCUCGCCGCGCCCAUCUCCAGGGACCACGAGGCCCCGCACCUCGCCGCCCUCGUCGACGCGCUCCUCGCCGCCGCCAACCGCCCCAACCACGCGCCCGACCGCGCCGCGCGCGCGCUCGCCUGCGACGCCCUUCGCGCCCUCGACGCCGCGCUGCCGGGUCUCCUCGCCGAGGCCCUCGGGCACCUCUACGCGCUCGCCGCCGCGGAGCGCUCCCCGGCCGCGCAGUCCUACCUCCUCCUGCUCGCCUCCGCCGCGCGCCACGCCGUGCGCCUCGGGAGGCUCGCCUCCGGCGCCUCCAUCCUGGCGGUAGCCGGCCCGCCCACCCCCUUCGCCGUGCCCGCUCACCUGCUCUCGCCUCUCGCCGCCCCUGGCGCGUCCGUGGCGCCGCCCUCGGAGGUGAACGUCAGGGACACACGGAAGGUGCUCGCUCUGCUCAUGGACCGGCCGCAGGUGCUCACGCCCGCAGCGGCCAUGGAGAUGAUGGCCAUCCUCGCCGAGGUCGCGUCGGCUGUGCUCCAGUGGGCGCCAGCGAUUGCAGCGCACAUCAAGGUGCAGUUCGGGGGGAUGGUGCAUUCGUCCAGCCCCAUGCUGCUACACUCGCUGCUCACGCUCUUCGUCCAGUUCCCAGAUGCCUUUGGGGCUGAGGACGAGCGCACAAUGGCGCACCGCCUGGCUUUGGCUGCCCGUGAGGUGCACCGUCCACUCGCAGUGCGAUUGCUGGCUUUGCAUUGGCUACUCGGCUCUGGCAAGUUCAGAAAUCUGGUGCCUGGUCUCGCCCGAUGGUUUUACCCUGCCGUGUUCGAUCCCCUCGCGCUCAAGGCCAAGAAACUGGAUUGUCUAGCUUAUGUUGCUGCUGGUGUUGAUGGGGAAAAGGUUGCAGCAGCAGACAGAGCGAGUGACCAAGCAACUAGGCUACUUGACGAUGGCUUGGUUUGCGUCUCCGCCUUCAGGUGGCUCCCAGCAUGGAGUACUGAAACGGGUGUGGCAUUCCGAGCGCUGCACAGUGUCUUGGUUGGUGCUGCUCCUCACAGCACUGACGGCACAAGCUGCUCCGGGGCUAGAGAGCUCCUGAAUUCUACUAUCUUCCACCAUUUACAGGCUAUCUUGGUUGAUAUGGCAUCAGAGCAUCAGGGUUUAGUCCCAGUGAUUGCUGAUUUCACCAACCGUCUGCUAGCAUGCAACUCACAUCGGUGGGCUGGGGAGCGAUUGCUCCGGACACUUGACGAGUGUCUGCUUCCAAGGCUUGAGCCAGGCUACCAGCUUGCGUCGUACUACCCUAUUUUUGAGAAGAUUGCACAGAAUGAGACGGUGCCUCAGCACCACCUAAUAGAAUUGCUCACCAAGCAGAUGGUUUCUCUCACCAAGAAGCAUGGACCAGACACAGAGCUGAAGUCAUGGUCUCAGGGAAGCAAAGUUGUGGGCAUUUGUCGUGUCAUGUUGAAGCACCAUCACAGCUCUCAUAUCUUCCUUCCCCUUUCACACCUUCUUGUGCUCACUAUCGAGUCCUUCCCAGAUCUGGAGGUCCGGGACCAUGCCAGGAUUUGCUUGCGGAUGUUAUCUUGUGUUCCAGGGAAGAAACUGAGGCAUAUCAUGGGAGUUGGAGAACAACCUUCAGGUGUCACACCUUCUCAUCCUGGUUCCUUGUAUGACAUCCCAUCACCGCGUGCUGCUCAAGAUCUUAAGAGCAUGCCUGAUCUGGCGUCUUACAUUCAUCUUGAAAGGGUUGUGCCUCUAAUUGUGAAGCAAUCAUGGGCCCUCACAUUGCCUAAUUUCAGUGUCCAGAGCAGACCAUCUGGUUCCAUUCUAAGUAUACAGGACGUCAGCUCUGCUCCCUCAGAGCAAGAAAAUCCAACAGGACCUACAAUUGAGAGAAUUGGCUAUAGACAAGAAACCUUACGUGUGAUGGACUCUAAAGUGACGAUUACAUUUUCAUCAAGUGCACAUUUUGGGAAAAUUCCAUCAUGCCAUAUUCCUUUCAUCCUAGGGGAACCUCCAGGUUCUGGUAUGGACAUCGUCCCCAUAGAUAAUCAGAACAGGGAAGAAUCCAGUUACUGUGCUUCAGUGACGAUAGAACUGGAACCUCAAGAGCCUUCACCUGGCCUUAUUGAUGUUUCAGUUGAAGCAAACACUGAGAACUGCCAAGUUUUAUCAGGGUCCCUUAAACCCAUUACAGUUGGCAUUGAGGACAUGUUUCUAAAGGCCAGCGUACCACCUGAUACUCCAAGAGAGGGUGUGGCUAUGUACUACCAGGAUCUGUUUCAUGCUUUAUGGGAGGCCUGUGAUAGCUCUACUAACACAGGUCGAGAAACUUUCCCUUUGAGUGGAGGGAAAGGGUCAGCUGUCAUUGACGGAACUCGGUCUGUUAAACUUUUGGAGGUAACUCCAAAGGUUUUGAUUGGAGCUGUUGAAAGAUAUCUGGCUUCCUUUGUUGUCAGUGUUUCUGGAGGUUCACUUGUAACCAUCCUGAGAGGAAACGGAGUCAUUAAGAAUGUCAUGUGGGAAGAAAAUGUCCCAGAUGCCAGUGUAGGUGCUGAUGCACUGGUUCCGUACUCACCGGACAACAAUCUCCAGCUUCAUCUCAUAGAUGACGAAGAUAUUGGGGUUGGUGCUGAGAGGUAUGGCCAUGAAAGCAAGAGAGAGAUGGGAACCAUGCGGGUCAUGAUAUUCCUACCACCCAGGUAUCACCUCCUGUUUCUGUUGGAGGUAGGCCGUGCCUCAACAUUGGUCAGGAUAAGGACCGAUCAUUGGCCAUGCCUUGCAUAUGUCGACGAAUACUUGGAAGCAUUGAUUUCUUAG